AUGCAGCAUCCGACAGUGAGUUCUCAUAAGAACGAGGACACGUCCACUUCUCUGGAACAGAGGGAGGACGUACAUAAGCUUCCGGACUUGAUGCGUCAAGCCCGGUACCGCAGAGUGCUCUUACCGUACUUGCAGUACAAGAAGCGCGAGAGGUAUCAGCGGCGAACGAGGCGUAGUAGCUGGCCUGCAGAUAUCUACUACAGCAACGGCAUCAGCAUGGGCACGUACAAGAAUAGCAUGUAUUCGUACGUAUUCGCCAACAAGAACCUUUCAGACAUGCUCUAUCACACUGUCGACGAGCUGAAGUAUUUGACACAUUCCCAGUCUGCCCUCAUCUACCUUUACGACGUGGACCUCGAUAAAUUAAUUCUAGCUCCUCGCUAUGUGAAGAGUGUUCGUUGCAUGGUCACCCAACCGAUAAGAAAGUACUUAAACCUCUCCUCGUACAUCGCUAUGGAGAGGAAUUACAUUAUAGUAGAGGACGUGCUGAAAGAAUUCCGCAUUCCUGAAGGAUUUGGCCAGUACGGAUAUUCUGAGGAAGGGACUCUCAUUAAGUCCGUUUUAGGAGUUCCUAUCUUGACGGCGGAUGAAGAGCUCAUUGGAGUGGUGGAAUUCUGCAGGAAUUUUCGUCAACCAUCGUACAAAGACUGCGAAGCCGAAAUUGCGGUCUCGUCCAUCGGGUACGUCGGGGGUGCGAUCGAUCAGCACGCCAAGUUAAUUCAGUACAGGAGACACAUCGCGUUACAGAAUUUUCUGAGUGAUUUGACAAAAAACUCUUGCCUCCAGGAAGUCAGUACGAACGAAUUGUUGCCGAAGAUAGUGGGGCAUACAAAAAAAGCGAUCGACGCAGAAUACGUGUCCUUUUUGAUAAUUGACCACGACUACGAAGAGCCAGUGGCAGAUUAUGUAGUGGAAACCGGGUUUGGCGGCCUAGAAGAUGGGUACUCGACGACGAAGAAAGUGAGGCUCGAUCCGAACAGGAGUCUCAUGGCGAUGGUCGUGGACAGCGGAAAAACUGUUAACAUUCUAGACACCGAAACGGAUAAGCAGGUCCAUAUGAAGCUCGACUUGGAAAGCGGAUCCAUCCGUCGCUCGAUUCUCUGCAUGCCUAUUACUCUCGACGGAACGGUCUAUGGUGCUAUCCAGCUGAUAAACAAGAAAAAUACCUUAUCGUUUAAUAAUUCCGACGAGAGUCUGCUAUCUACGUGCUGCAAAUAUUGUUCCAUAGGACUUCUGUUUCGCGGUCAAAAGGGAGACGCGAAGCGAUGGAAAAAUGUGAUCCUGAAUCUGGAAGAGAUGAUCACGUACUACAUGACAAACAAUCCAUUCGACUACGAUACCGUGAUACCUCCUAUGGUUAGCCGGGCACAAGCUGACGAACUAAUCAGCUUUAGAUGGGUGCCCAAGGACGAGGGAAAGAGAACACUUUCUGCCGUAAUGCACAUGUUAUCGGAGCUGAUCGAAGAUUGCAGGAAUAACGCCUCGGUCUGGCACUCGUGGCUGAUACGCGUAAAAAAGUGCUAUCGCUUAGAGAUGACUUAUCAUAAUUUCAUCCAAGCUGUAAUUUCGUGCAACACUAUGUACAAUUUGAUUGCUCGCAAUAAGCAAAUGUUUACUCCGACGGAAAUACUGGCUCUGCUGAUAGCUAGCUUGUGUAACAAUGUCGAUCACCAAGGUCUGGAAAACACGUUCUACCAAAUGAACCAGCAAAGUUUAGCGCAAAUAUACGAACAAUUUUCAUUGGAAAAUCACCAUUUCAAUACGACAGUGUUCUUGCUGAGAUCUGUGGAUCUAUUUCCGCGCUUGCAAGAUGAGUACGAAGGUGAUUUGCAUCAGGAAAUUUAUAACUGUAUCAUUUCGACGAGUUUAGAAAGGAGCUUUACAUUCAAGGAGAAACUAGACGAGCGGUUGGACUCCGGAAAUUUCUCUUGGGACUCCGAGAAAGACAGGGAGCUCGUGAAGAGUUUGAUGACGUUUUACAGCGCAGUUUCCCCACAGUGCAAAAAGACGAAACUCACGUAUUCGAGCACCAGAGCGCUUUAUGAGGAGAUUUACAACCAAGGGAGUCUCGAGAGCAGUCUCGGUUAUAGCAUCCUGCCGAACGCGGACAGAGACAUGAAGGAGUACAUGGCGGACUACCAGCUGGAUUUCCUGAGGAGGAUAUGCUGGCCGAUGAUGGAGACGCUCAUUAGGGUGUUUCCGAACGUGGAGCCGCUGCGCAGGCUGCUGUCCGAGAUCAUCGAGCAGUGGGAGGACGAGGUGCGCAACCGCGAGAUCCCCGUGUGGCGCGCCUCUGCGGCGUGGAAGCGAACCAUCGCCGCCCCCUGGCGAUCGCCGCCGCCCAUCGCCGCUUUCUCAGCGCGCUUCGAUCGCCACCUCCGCCGCCAGUCGGGCAAGAGCAAGGGCGCCGACAAGCCCAAGGUCAAGCUCGUCUUCAAGAUACACGAAGGAAACUGGGAUAAGUGGAUCACGAAAAUAGGCUAG